GUGCCCAAUCCUCCAUCCAUCUCUCUCUCUCUCUCUCUCUCUCUCUCUCUCUCUCUCUCUCUCUCUCUCUCUCUCUCUCUCUCUCUCAAUGGAUUUCUCGAAGCGAAUGAUUCCAGCUGCUUUUAUUGUGGUGCUGCUGCUCGUGGCAACUGAGAUGGAGCCGAUGGUGGUUGAGGCGAGAACUUGCGAGUCCCAAAGCCACCGGUUCAAGGGGACAUGCGUGCAGGCGAGCAACUGCGCUGCUGUUUGCCAGACAGAGGGCUUCCACAGCGGGCAUUGCCGGGGCUUUCGUCGCCGUUGCUUCUGCACCAAAAAUUGCUAGAGUGCGCUCUGAAUGCGCUUUUGAAUUACAUCUUAUCUUAUCUCACCAAUCUUUUGAAUAAUCUGGUGAAUGUCACUGUGUGGUUGCGGAUGUAAUCUUCCUUUGGCUGUUUGCUCUUAUUUUCAUGGUCGCUUCUGUUUGAGAGUGUGAAAUCUGUUUAUGAGCCAUUACUUGUUUCUGA